AUAGUUGUGCCCGCCUCCCAUGGCAGUAAUCCCAGCAAUAUUUCGAGUAAAACCUGAGUCUGGCUAAUUUUUUCACAAGAAAAUUUGGCUUCCUGACUGGGCUGCGCUUAUGGCUUCCUCAUCAGUUGGUGAUAAUCAGCUGCACAGGAUAAUCAGAGAUCUACAGGACGCUGUGUUGGAGUUGAGUAAAGAACACAAGGGACUGUGGUGAACCUAUAACUGAUGACAGCUCAAACCUGCACAAGUUGUCUCUAAACUGAAUAUCUGUUACAGUUUGACCAGAAAGAGAGGACAACAUUUCUUGGUCAGAGAAAAGACUACUGGGAUUACUUCUGCGACUGCCUGAUUAAGAUUAAGGGUGCUAACGAUGGCAUCCGGUUUGUUAAAUCCAUUCCUGAGUUGAAGACAUCAUUGGGUAAAGGAAGGGCCUUCAUCCGUCACUCACUGGUUCACCAACGUCUUGCUGACACAUUGCAGCAGUGUCUUAUCAAUCACAAGGUCACAAGUGAAUGGUAUUACGCCCGGAGUCCCUUCCUCCAGUCUGAGCUCACUGCUGACAUAAUUAACCACCUUUAUGAGCUUAACCAGAUCCAGUUUGACCUGGCAGCCAGAGGUUAUGACCUGGAUGCAGAUUGGCCAGCUUUUGCAAGGCGAACAUUAAGCUCCACCUCACCAGCUGUCCAGUGGAAGUCGCCCAGUCGGUGUUCCAGCAUCAACAGCCUAGUUAGCUACUCACAGCCACAGGCACAGGAGUCUAUGCCAGGCCCCGACCUUGUUCACAAUUUCCCUAGUGAGCUUGGGGAUCUAGCUGAGCUGUCUCCUUGUGGCAUUGCUGAAAAUCUCCGUAUAGAGCUUGACCAAUCAGAGCUCAGAAGACAAGAGCUUAUGGUCCAGGUUCAGGAAUUGUCCACAGAGAAUGUUGAGCUAAAAAGUGUGGUUCAAAAACUUCAAGGUCAGCUUUUAGUAACUCAGACCAUCCCUAAGACCAGCUCAGAAACAGAUAAUCAGGUGAGAGAAAAUGUCCUUCAGACUUGUGGUGAAGCAGUAAAUGGCAGUGCUGAACUUCAAAACAGGCUCAGCACUGCUGAGAACAGAAAUACAGAGCUUUGCCUCAAGUUGGAUGAGGUACUAAAAGAAAAGGGUCAACAAGCAUCCAGCCUCUUGGACACAAAGAGCAAAAUCCAGGACCUCAUGGAUAAGCUUAUGAUGGCAGAUAAGGAAAAGAUGGAAACAAAGAAAGAAGCUGAGGACUGGGCCAAAAAGUGUGAGCAUCUGGUCCAGGAACUGAAACUCAGAGAAGAAGACUUGAAGAACAGUGAAGAAAAGCUGGCUGAAGCAAAGGCUGGUGCCCACGAUGAACAGGAGGAGACACUUCAGCGUUUGGAAGAGCUUCAAAGUGCAGUUGAUCAAAUUCAGGGUGCACUGACACUGAAAGAAAAAGAGACCGGGAACUUAAGAGCCCAGCUUCAAGAUCUACAAGCCUCACUGGAUUCCAGAGAACGGCAGGCAGAGGAAUUAAAGAAAAGAUUGCAGCAAGAGAGGGAUGAGGUGGAGCACAGAUGCAGCCUGAGUGCUAGUGAGAAUGAAGAACUUGAGAGUCAGCUAUCUGAUUUGAGAAGAAGUCUAAAAGACAAAGAUAAGGAGCUAGCCAUUAGUUCAGAGAGGGUGAAAUGUUUAGAGAAACAGUUGGAGAAGAUAAUUGCUAAGGAGGAGAGCAUUGUAGAGCUGGAUAAAAACAAGGCUGCCUUGCUAGAGGAACUAGCUUCUUUGAGGGUUUCUGAGAAGCAGUUAAAGGAUAGAGUAGAGGCUGCAGAGAUGACUUUGGAAGAUCAAGAGAAGACACUAUUAGAUGAAAACUUGCAUUUGGAGGAGAUUGUCCAGGAGUCUCUUCUCCAAAAGGAAGCAUCUGAUGCUCAAUUAAAAAUACUUGAGCAUGACAAAAGGGAGCUUGUCGAAAUUCAGGCCUUAUUAAAGAAACAAUUAGCCACAACUCAAGAAGAACUAAAUUCACUCAAAGCCAAAGCCUCGGAGGUGGACAAGAACCUCAUGGUGUCCCAAAGGCGUGAAGCAGACCUAUUGGAAAAACUCCAGGAAACUGGAUUUCUGCAGGGUAGGGCUGAGGAGAUGGAGAGCAGAUGUGAGGAGGACAUCAAUGAUGAAAAAGGAGUUGCAGAGAAUAAGGAAAAAAUGCAGAAGCUUCCUGUUACACAGACUUCUACCUUGGAAAGUAAAGAGGACCCCAUCACCCUUGUGAUUGCUGAGGCUCAGUUGGAACUCAACAAAAAGGAGGUUCAGAGACUCCAGGAAGAGGUUGUGGCACUCAGGGCACAACUCAUGGCUGGGACUGAGGAAAGAAUGAGAAUUCAGGCCCUCCAGGAGGUUACUGAAGCAUCCAGAGAAGACCUCUGUGUCUUGGCAGAACAACUCAAGGCUCAGGUUGAGGAACUAAAUCACCGCCAUGUGGCUGAUAUUCUUCAAGCCAAGGAGCGUGAGGAGACACUUAUCCAAGAACGUGACAGUGAAGCCCAGGCUCGAGCAGGCUUGGCUGCAGAAAUGGCCGCCUACAGAGAAAAACUUCAUAACCUUAAGCUGCAUUAUGACGCCAUGUGUCUGGAGAACAGUGAAUCUCAGAAGACAUCCCACAGAGCCAACACAGAAACAGCUGAACUUGGUGUGCAUGUGUGUAUGCUGUCUGCUGUGAACGAAGAGGCUCGUCUUCAAUGGGAGGACCUGUCGUCCAGUCUGCAAGAGCUGAAGGCAGAUGCCUCUCAGGAGGUAAAGAGGCUGAAUACUUGCAUGGAGCAGCUACAGGAGGAGAACCAGCAACUCCGUGAUAAACUUCAUGAAAAGGAGCAUCUGUUGGCAUCCAAGGAGGCUCUGCAGGAAGAGCUGGUCAAGGCCCAGCAGGAGGUUGAAGCUCUGCGUGAGAGAAGUCAGGAGGAGACUCAAGCACUCCAGUUGCAACUUGGCAGCCAAUCCAAGAACAAUGGCAGUCAACUUCAGACUGCGAACCAAGAAUUACAAGAAGUGAGAACACACCUGACGACUGAGCAGGAAAAAGUUCUCGUGGAGAACAGACUCAAACAGCUAGAGGCUGAGAAUCAGAAAUAUUGCCAGCAGAUUGAGGAGAAAAACAACCAGAUGGCCCAGACUGAGAAUCUCAUCCAGCAGAAAGAAGACAAGAUAAUCCGUCUGAAAGGGAAUUUAUCAAGGUCUGAGGAGCACCUAGCAGCAGCUGAGCGGACCUGUCGAGAGUUGGGUGAAAAACUACAGAAUGUCAUACAGGACAAACAGAAAUCUGAGCUUAAGACAGCUGCUGAACUUGAUGACCUUUACCGCACCAAAAGCAAUUUAGAGGAAAGACUUAUAGAACUUAUCAGAGAGAAGGAUGCACUGUGGCAAAAGUCAGAUGCUCUGGAAUUUGAGCAGAAACUACGGGACGAGGAGACAGGAAAAGACGUCAACUACUGUUUGAGUUGUCACAAUCAGUUCAGCUGGUUCCUCCGCAAGUACAACUGCAGACUUUGUGGGCGUCCCUUCUGCUACAAUUGCUGCAACAACACAGUCCACACCCAGCAGGGCGGCAUCAGAGAGUGCUGCUGCAGGGAUUGCUAUAACCAACACAGUACGGUAGUGGAGCGCCAUCCUCAGGAAGGUACGACUCACAGCACACCAGACACAGCCAUCAGCCACUCGGCAAAGCCUGGCAAAGCGCAGAUGAGCGAUUCUGAUGAUGGUGACCAGCUGAGUGAAGCUGUUUAUGACAUCAUCACAGAGGAUGAAGUGAGAAGGGUUUGUGACACAAACUCAGUCUCUUCUGCCGCUGCCAGCUCUCCUCAUCAUGGGCACCAGGGGGCAGCACAACUUGGUGCCAGUGCAGAUGACGCCCUCUCAGAGGAUGCUGAGGAACUCGGUGCCUCUGUGCAGGAUGCAGAAAUCAGCCUACUAAAGGCUGGAGAACUGACUCUCUCUGUUCACUACACAGUGGAUGAAAUUUCGAGCUUUGGUGACAGCUCCCGUGAGCUUUUCAUCAGAUCCAGUUGCUAUAGCACCAUCCCCAUCAUCAUGAGCAGUGCCGGACCAACUGUCAGCUGGACGUUCACCUCUGAACCUAAGAGCAUCUUCUUCAGUGUGGUGUACAGGGAGAAUGCAGAGUCUCCGCUGGAGCAAGCCAAGGUCCUGAUCCCACUGACCCGCUGUAACUCUCAUAAGGAGACAAUCCAGGGAGAACUAAAAGUGCGGAACCCCGGAGAAUACACACUCAUCUUUGAUAACUCGUUCUCCAGGUUCAUCUCAAAGAAUGUGCUGUAUCACCUGAGUGCAAAUAAACCGGUGGUCAAAGAUGGAGAUGACCAUGAGAAGGAGAGAAAGAAGAUGUAAGAGGAGGUGAAAAACUGACUUACAUCAUUUUGAUUAGAGCUGUUCAGGGUCAGGCACGAAAUUUCAUGACAAACAUCUUAUAAUUGACUUCAGCAAUCUAAGGUCAUGUUAUGAAACUGUUGAGAGUUUAGUGGGAUUUGCUGGAGUUCCAUGUUUUGCAGAAGACCUGUAUUUCAUCCGGUGAUAUUUAUGCGGUUAUGAUGCUUUUAAUCAAUGACCAUGUGAAAAUCGCAUGCAAACAGCAUCUGCAUAAGGUAACACUCUGCAUGUCUGCAGAGCAUGAGCUUUUCCUGCUCUGGGAUUGCUUGUUUGAGGAGAUAGCUGGUGGAAGCGUCGGUGCCGUGCACAUACUGUCUUGUUCUCAUUGAAAUCACAAGCUCGCUGAGUGUAAAUCACCAACCAUCGCUGAGACACGGGCACAAACUGAAUAUUUACUUCUAACGUUUAUCAAUCCAGGUCCUUAAAACAAAGUACUGCACAUUUUCCAUUUUAGUUCGUGGGACGACACCAGACAUUGUGGCUGGAAAUUACGUUUUGUUUGAUGGGUGAGUGA